AUGCCCGGCCACGGACUGUCUCAAGUGAAAUGCGAGCCACUUUCGGACGAAGAAGACAGCGACUCACAAUUUGCGCACAGUUAUCUAUCCAGUCAGGCUAGUGGUUUAGAGGAGCUAGCACCCCUGGCACCUGCAGGCCCAGCAGCGACACCUGUGUGUGUGAAACAGGAACGAGCUGAGACCCCACCGACCACUACACUAGAAACGCUCGAGUCAGCACCACACAAUGCUAAGAGCACGUCGUUGCUGGACCGGCACAUGGACUUUUUGAACGUGCACGAGGUGCCUGACUCCACGGACUUCAUGCCGCUGCUGGCCAUCAAAGACGAACCUUCAUCUGAAGGUGAACAACAGCAUCUAAGCGGUGAUGACACCAGCGACUCGUGUGGCCGCCAAACCUCGCCUGCUCCCCGACACAGCCCCAAGAGUUGGACGCAGCAGGACAUGGAUCGCGCGCUGGACGCACUUAGAAACCAUCAAAUGAGUCUUACCAAGGCAUCAGCAACAUACGGCAUCCCAUCGACUACGUUAUGGCAGCGCGCCCACCGGCUGGGCAUAGACACGCCGAAGAAGGAGGGAGCAGCCAAGUCCUGGAGCGAGGCAGAUUUAAGAGGGGCACUGCAUGCCUUGAGGGCAGGUGCCAUCUCCGCUAAUAAGGCCAGCAAAGCGUAUGGUAUCCCCAGCAGCACGCUGUACAAGAUAGCUCGGCGCGAGGGUAUCCGGCUGUCGGCCCCGUUCAACGCGGCGCCGACCGCGUGGCGGCGCGCCGACCUGCAGCUGGCGCUGGCGUCCAUCCGCUGCGGCGCCUCGUCCGUGCAGCGCGCCGCCUCGCAGUACGGGAUACCCACGGGAACGUUGUAUGGUCGGUGUAAGCGAGAAGGUAUCGAGUUAUCUCGCUCCAAUCCCACGCCGUGGUCGGAAGACGCCAUGGGCGAAGCUCUCGAAGCAGUCAGAGUGGGCCAGAUGUCGAUCAACCAGGCAGCCAUCCACUUCAACCUGCCGUACUCCUCACUGUACGGGAGGUUCAAGAGGUGCAAGUACCAGAUGCAGGGCGUCCCUCAAGCUCCGCAGCCACUACAGCAGGACCCGUGCAGCACGGAGCACGUCCAGCCGCCGGCCGCGCCCCCCCCGCUGCCCGCCCCGCCGCCGCACCACGCGGACCACACGCACCACACACACGGGUACACACACAUGCACGAGUACACGCACACACACGACCAGUACGGCCAGUACUACCAACAUUUUAAUAGUAUUGUGACCAGCUGA